CAAACAAACUACAAUUCCCAUCGUCCCCUGCACAGGGUUUGAGCGCAGCGAGGCGUGCGGGGAGGCGGGGAAGAUUGCCCUGCCCCAGGCUUUUCGGAAACGCCGCGACGAGGGGCUCCCCCGCUGCGGAUCUGGGGGGCCGGGCUGCGAGGGCUGCCUUUGCACGCUGCGCCUGCUGGAGCCAGCGGGCAUAAGCCGCAAGCCAGGACACAGCACCGAUCGCAGGCGCAGAGCUUCAGCUCGGCCCCGCGCAGCGUGCGCUGGAAAAUCGCGCAGAGCCUCCCGCUGCCGCUGCGCUCCAUUGCCCGGUGCAUGGCCGGAGCGUGAACCCGCGUGUGGGAGGAUCCAGCCCGUGUGUGCACAGGGGGGCGCUCCGGGAGCUGCUGGGGCACAAGCAAGCGAUGGCUCCGAAGGCGAUCGGGGCCGGGAUUCGAAGCACGUAGCCAAGCCCAGAUGCUCAGAGCCGCCACUCCCCGAGCACCAUGAAGAACGACUUGCCCGUGUCCUUAGCUGGACUCAGCGGGCCGGCAGGUUUCCUCAGGAGCAGCGAGCCUCUGUCCUUGUCUCCCGUGCCAGCCCCAGCGACCUCUUUGUUGGAGGAGGCUGCGGAUUUGCUGGUGGUGCACCUGGACUUUGCUGCUGCUCUGGACAGGUGUGAGCGGGGCUGCGAAAGCCUUGCCUCGGACCCUGACUGUGAAAGCUCUGCGGAAGUGAAGUGCUCCCUGUGCAUUGUGGGGAUCCAGGCCCUGGCAGAGAUGAACCGGUGGAGAGAAGUUCUGCCUUGGGUCCUACAGUAUUACCAGGUCCCUGAACGUCUGCCUCCAAAAAUUCUGGAACUGUGCAUCCUUUUGUACAGCACAGUGAAGGAGCCCCAUGUGAUGUUGGAAGUUGACAGUUAUUGGCUGAGAGAUCUAAGCAAUCAGAGCCUGCCUUCCUAUGGCACCUUGAUGGAGUUGCAUCUGUUGCAUGUGUUGCUUCCCCUUGGACAAUUUGUGGAGGCAGAGGAGCUGGUACAGGGCUGUGACGCUUUCAACAAAGCGCAACAACUUGAGGCCUUGAGGACCAUUAACGAGAGGAGGUGUCAAUGGGUGCAACAGGAAGAGACACAGUCAGCCCCUGAAGAGCAACCAGCCACAGCGAGGGAGACGCUGUUAGGCUCUGUGUCCCGAAAGUUAUUGACCAUAUUAACAGUGCUGCGUAGAGCACUGGGAUCCAUGUCAAGCCACUUCUGUUCCAGCCCUUACAAAAAGAUGCUCUUGGCUGCUCUCAUAGUAUGCCUUGUGGUGGUGAGACUAGACCCGGCUGCUCCCACAUCCCUGCCCUUCCUUUACAGGCUGGUCCAGCUCUGCCAUCAGGCAUGGAUGGCUGUAUUUUCUCCGCUCUACAGGCCUCCAGUUCAAGACUAAGUGGCUUUACGAUGUGCUGCAAAUCUUUUGUCUCUGUUGCUGUGCAAGUGGCAGUUUGUCUUGAGGAUUUUAAUCAGGCUCUACAAGGGCUCCUGAGACCAAUGUACUAAUUCAAAUGACCACACGUGGGCUCCCAUGCAGUGACAUCUUCCUCUCUUGCCAGACUAAGUACCUGGCCUAGUGCUGUCUGGAUUUUGAAACUGCCUCUGCUACUUGUCUCCCUGCUAUGGAGCUCUGCAGCACAGUACUAACCCUGGAGGAAUGUGCACGUACAGAGCUUUAGCCCUCCUCCUCUAACCCACGUCUUAUUUAGAUGUCCCCUGACAGUGGUUGCUUGUGGUGUGGGUCCCAAGUGAGAGUCUGUAGCCAAUGGCAAAGAACAAUGACAGGCAUUCUGAGAGACUGCUCCAUCCUUGCAAAUGUUUUUGAAGUUGUCCAAGAAGUGGGAGUGGAAUUUCAGAGGGUAUGGUUAUGAAAGAUCUCAGAGUACCAGGUCUACACUGAACCCUAGGAGCCAAAAAACUGUCCUGCCUUGGAACCCUUUAAAUGCCCAGUUUCUGCAGCAUGAGAUUUACGCCAAAUAUGUGGAACACUGUAAAAUAUUGCAGACUGAAAUUGGAGCCCAUUCUGUUCUGAGGGCCGGAGUUUCUCUUGUGACCCUGAUGUGUCUUGGCAUAGUCGUUCUCACUUUGGAUUUAACAGUCGUGGCUAAGCAAGCAUAUCAAGGUGAUGGGACGCAUUAUAAAGAUGGAUCCGUCAGCCCAUUCUGUCCCCUGUCUGCAUCCAGCACAAGCAAUUAUAGACCUUUCUGUCUUUCGGAAGAUCAUGAAUACUAAAUAUUUGACACUGGAUAAGUUAAAAUAGGGGACAGCAGAGAAAUGGAGAUGGUGAGAGGCAAGAGCCAACAGCGUUGCUCUUGUUAAUCUUAAUAUGCUUCAUAUUUAUUAGAGUCUGACCUGCCCCAUUACUUGAAUUGUCAUGUAGUUUCACUGCAUACUUUGUCUCUGUAUCUUCCGUUGACAUGCUUUCUAUUUACAUAUUUAGAUUUAAAUAUACAAGACUCCUAGCCAAUGCCUAGAUCUCCCAACAAGUAUUUAGAAUCACAAUCCACAGAGUAAUCAUCCAGCAGCAAAACUGCACUCUUUCAUACCAAGAGUAAAUUAACAGGCCUCAAAAUACAUUUCCCCCUCUAUUCAAAACCCUAGACCCCAGUCCUCCUCAAAAGCUCUAGCACAUAGUGUUCUGAUGGUCAAUAGAUCAAAGCUACUUCAGACUAGUGGUUGGGGGAGCGACUUCCAGAGUCAAAGGGCCCUCCUGGAUAACACUUUGCCAGCAGUUCCUGCCCCCAUACCAAGUUGGCUUCACAGCUCAAGUGCCUCAGCUGGUUGUAGCUUUAACAGUAUAAAACAGGGAGAUAAGUAAUUAUUCAGGUAGACAAGACCCAAACCACACCCUGAACUCCCCAUCUCCCUGAUAACCAAGAGGCAUUUAGAGCAGAUCCUUGUGCAAUGUCCUAUAAAUGAGUCCUCUACAAAACAUCCCACAUGGUCUUCUGCCUUUGCAGGAACCAUACAGUGCUGUGGGAGCUAUUUCUAAUUCUUCAAAAAUGGCAGCAGCACAUAGGUAUCACAACAGCUGGCUGCAUGCACUACAAUGGUUUGUUAGCGGUUCCUCCUCUUAAGAGAGUCUGAGGUUCUGUCUUCACUGCUAAACACCACACCUGUUUUUCUGUGGCAUAACUAACAUGAACUAUCCUGUGAAAUCCUAGUGGAGACAAGGCUCUGUAGUUUUAUUGAGAGGUAAACCAGGCAAGGUCAAUGAUGCAGUGGGGGUUGGUAAUAUUAACAACUUUGCCUACCUCUCACUCAGAAGAAAGUACAGGAAGCUUGUUUCCACUAGGAUAUUACAGCGAGAUAACUAUUGUGCAUUUAUCUUUGCUGUGGAAAAACAUGUGUAGGCAUUGAAGACAAAGCCUUGAAGACCUUACACAUUUUGGAGCUUCAUAUUAUUUACAUGCAUCUGUAAUGCACCUAUCGCUAUCAUAUCUCCAUGAGCUCAGUCACAGAUUCAUCAUUUCAAAGACUUUCAGCAUAAAAUAAUCAUAUCAAGACUCUAAGGAGAAAGGCUCUGGGCUUAUCUACGUGGUGUGGCAAUGGGGCUGUGAUUUCUAAAAUGCACUAGCUUGCACAUUAAUUGGUCUGUGUAUUCCCUUCUGGUAUGCACUAAAAGUUCCCUACCAUGCUUUAACCUAGUUCUGUUUCCAAUAGUACUACGUUAAAGUGCACCAAGGAACUUCUGGUACACACCAGCAGGGUCUACAUGGCCUGAUAAGUGUGCAAUAUGUUAGUGAACUUUAGAAAUCACACCCCUGUAGAGUGCACUGCCAUACAACUUAGACAAGUCCUCUCUCUAACUCUUCUAAGAAUGACUAGUUUGUACUUCCCAGUCUCAUUGCAGGAUCUAGCUAGGUACAUACCUGUAUGAUCUAGUUACAGUGGUAUCUGAGGGUGUCAAAUUCUGCUUACUAAUCAUGUAUUCAGUCUUUCCGCCAUUAACUAGGUGGCAGUUCACAUUUCCUCUGGCUCAUUGUUGCAAAUUUCUGUUUGUAGCCAUGCUUGUGAUAUUGAGAUUGUGUUCUGUGAGGAGCAUGCAUGAUGCUCUCGAUUUCUGCUUAGAGGUUGCUUGAUAAUGUCUUAACUGUUCAUUUCCAUGGAUCUUUUUAAACUGUGUGAGCAAUGUAUAGAUUAGCCACCUCAAACUUCUCCUAGUACCGGUACUUUGUUUUUUAAUUUGAAUGUUUUUCAUUGUGUUUAGCACAUAAUGAGACAAAGGAUGGUGGAAACAGAAAAAUAUCACUUACGCAAUUCUAAUGGUUUUAUUCAUUUAAUUUUAAAUACUUAAUUUUCAGAAUAAAAAUUACUACUUAUGUAGUCUCUUAUAUUGUGAUGCUCAAUCGGGCUGGUCACAAAACAGUCUUUCAUAACACUGGCAUAUAUUAUUAAAAAUAUUUACAUUUAGUGCAUUGAAUUCUUUGGAAAUAUGUUUCACUGCAAACAGCGGCCCUGAUUCUGCAAACAUAUGCUUUAAUUAGGUGACUAGUACCAUUCAGUUCUAUGGGACUAAUUACCCAAUUAAGUCUACUCAUAAGCUGUGACCCUGCAAACACUAAUGCAUGUAUUUUCAUAUAAUGGAUCAGAGUAUUGAAUAUUUUUUUGCAUAUCUUCCCAGAUGCUUUCAAUUAAAGAUGCAACAUAUAUUGUUCAUAUGUUAAACUUUUUAAUAUGAAGCAGUAUUUGUCUAUUCAUGAUUUAUAUAUGUUUGUAUAUACUUAAAUGACCAAGAAUUUACAGAAACAUGCAACAAGGAGUAAAGUAUUCAAUAACU